AUGCCUCCUGCUUCUCCAUCUCCUCCUGCUCCUGCCUUCUGCUCCUUCUGCUCCAAUGGACCGGAGGAGAGCGGCCUGACUCCUCCUGAGGACAUCAUGAAGGAGGCGGGAGGAGGCGCAGACCGCAGAGCCAGCACCGCCUCCUUCAACGAGGCCUCAUGGAGCCCAGAACUGCCCUUCGACAACAUCAUGGGGAAGCAGAACGUGAGUCUCCCCUUCUGUCUCCCCCUCUGUCUCACCCUCUGA